UUGCUCAAAUUCAGUUGUUCUAGAUAUGGACGAAAGCUGGUCGUCUCCGGAACGCACCUUCUCGCAGCCAUUUGCUUUCUCUUGCCAGCUUUUGCUCAAGCGGACACAUGGAUAUCUCUGGGAUGCUGGCUGAUGGGGAAAUUUGCAAUCAGCUGUGCUUUCAUGGCUUUAUUCGUGUACGCCAGUGAGGUGUUUCCGACACCCAUUCGGAAUGUUUCCGUUGGUUUAUGCAGUGUUUUAUCUCGAGGAGGAGCGAUCGCUGCUCCAUACAUACGGAUAUUGGGUUCGAUCUGGCCAAUGUCGCCAAUGUUUCUGCUUGCAUCAAUGUCGUUCUUGGCUAGUGUGGUCACCUGUUUAUUGCCUGAAACUCAUCGAAAGCCUCUGCCGUCCAGCAUACGUGAAACUACUCUCGAUUCAAAAGAUCUCCCUUCGUGA